CAUUUGUUAAAUUAUGAUUUAUGCUGCAAUGUCUGUUUGUUAUUAUGACUUUAAAAAUACUAGACUAAAAAAAGAAUAAAAAUAUGUUUAAAACCUCGAAAACAGUACUUUUUGUGGCUUUUGAUAUUUCAUUCAUUUUGUUUAUUUCAUUUUACUUUAUUUCAUUUUACUUUAUUUCAUUUUACUUUACUUUACUUUAUGUUACUUUACUCUAUUUUAUUGUAUCUUUUUUGCACGAUGUGUUUAUUUCCCUUUUUGUUUUAUUUUACACUGAUUUACCUAUUUGAUCUUUCAGCAGCACUGUUCUUUAGUUUUUAGUUCUUUCUUUUGUCCGAGGUAAAUAAACCAACAGCUGCUCUACAACAUUUGCUCUUCUC